CUGAAGGCAGCAUAAGAGUCCUGCCGUGACGUCAUGUGUGGAGCAGUUGAGUCAGUCAGCUGAGGAAGGAGGAACUCCGACAACAGAAAGUCAACCAGGAAACCGAAGCUGCUGAACUGACCCACCGCCCUGGUGUGACGGCCAAACGGCGGUUUUAACGAUAGGAAUCACUGUGUAACAGUACAGGAUUUACCUUUGAUAUUUAGGGUGAUACAAAACAGCGACAUGGCUUCCCUUUUCAAGAAGAAGACUGUGGAUGACAUAAUCAAGGAACAGUCAAAGGACCUGCGUGGCACUCAGAGGCAGAUCACCAGGGACAGAGCAGCGCUGGAGAAGCAAGAGAAGCAAAUGGAGGCUGAAAUCAAGAAAAUGGCCAAGAGUGGCAACAAGGAGGCAUGUAAGAUUCUGGCCAAGCAGUUGGUCCAGCUGAGGAAGCAGAAGAACCGCACAUACGCCGUCAGCUCUAAGGUCACCUCCAUGUCUACGCAGACAAAAGUCAUGAACUCCCAAAUGAAAAUGGCUGGCGCCAUGUCUGCAACAGCCAAGACAAUGCAAGCAGUGAAUAAAAAAAUGGAUCCACAGAAGACACUGAAGACAAUGCAGGACUUCCAGAAGGAGAACAUGAAGAUGGGCAUGACAGAGGACAUGAUCAAUGACACCUUGGAUGAGAUCUUCGAUGGAUCAGAUGAUGAAGAGGAAUCGCAGGACAUUGUCAACCAGGUUCUGGAUGAAAUUGGCAUUGAAAUCUCAGGAAAGAUGGUGAGCGCUCCAGCUGCAGGAAAGAACCUCCCCAGCGCCGCCUCAUCCAAACAGGCCACCAUCUCCGACGACGAGAUUGAGAGACAGCUCCGAGCUCUGGGAGUGGACUAAUUGUCUUCUCUGUAUUAAUGUUCACAUUAUAAACCGUGUGCAACAUUAAUACAAAUUGAUACGGACUCUUUUAGACACAUUGGUUUUUGUUAUUGUUGAAAUGCUACAGGUGUAACAAAUGGUGUACACACACACACACACACACACACACACACACACACACACACAUGCAUUAACAGAUUCAAAGGCAUGCAGACAUGCAUAUUAGCACGCACAUACUUACACUUUCUUUGGCAGGUUGCCUUACAGAUCAUUAGGAGCCGAACGUCUGAUCUAUUUAUGCGAAAAUAAUAUUUAUUAUGAAACUGGAGUGGUGCAGCCUGAAGGUGGACCAAUAAUAGAUGUUUGACCUUAAGAGCUUUUGACCACCUACGCUGUUCGCCACCCAUCUCUGUCUUUAUAAGGGCUACAGUAUAUGAAACCAUGGGAAUGGCUUUUACCCGUCUGAUGUUUCCGUAGAUCAGCUUUCACGUGGCUGAAGAUGGUUUGCCUUUCUCUAGCAAGUUUUAAUGAGAAAAAACAUGGUAAU